AGGUGGUGGCUUUACCUGCUACGCCACAGCGCCGGCCCCUGUUCUUUGCUGUUGAGUUAUUUCAGCACCCUUUUUGAAGGCUGCUUGACCAUGAGCGUGAGGGUCAUUUCUGAACUCGGUUCUGUUGCCUUGACCCAUGCUGCGUAUCUGUCCUGUGUGAGUACAGCACUGUUUUGAUUACUGGAGACUUGUGGUUCAGUUUUGAAACUGGAAGGAAUCAGUCCUCCACUCUCAUUUUUUUUCUUGUUUUGCAGUUGUUAUGACAAUUCUGAGUCCUUUGAAUUUCCAUGUAAAUGUCAGGGUCAGCUCGUCAGUGCCUGUGAUGAAGCCAGCUGGGAUUCCUGUAUGCAUGUGGCUUCCUGCGCUGGCCAUGCCUGUGCCCACAGAAGGCACCCCGCCGCCCCUGAGUGGCACCCCUGUCCCAGUCCCGGCCUACUUCCGCCACGCAGAACCUGGCUUCUCCCUCAAGAGGCCCGGGGGGCUCAGCCGGAGCCUCCCGCCCCGACCCCCUGCCAAGGGCAGCAUCCCCAUCAGUCGCAUCUUCCCUCCUCGGACCCCGGGCUGGCACCAGCCCCAGCCCCGGAGGGUGUCAUUUCGGAGCGAGACCUCAGAGACCCUGCAGAGCCCUGGGUACGACCCGAGCCGGCCAGAGUCCUUCUUCCAACAGAACUUCCAGAGGCUCAGCCGCCUGGGCCAUGGCUCCUACGGGGAGGUCUUCAAGGUGCGCUCCAAGGAGGACGGCCGGCUCUAUGCAGUCAAGCGCUCCAUGUCGCCGUUCCGGGGCCCCAAGGACCGGGCCCGCAAGCUGGCCGAGGUGGGCGGCCACGAGAAGGUGGGGCGGCACCCACGUUGUGUGCGGCUGGAGCAGGCCUGGGAGGAGGGUGGCAUCUUGUACCUGCAGACGGAGCUGUGUGGGCCCAGUCUGCAGCAGCACUGUGAGGCCUGGGGUGCCAGCCUGCCCGAAGCCCAGGUCUGGGGCUACCUGCGGGACACCCUGCUCGCCCUGGCACACCUGCACGGCCAAGGCCUGGUCCACCUUGAUGUCAAGCCUGCCAACAUCUUCCUGGGGCCCCGGGGCCGCUGCAAGCUGGGUGACUUUGGGCUGCUGGUGGAGCUGGGUGCAGUCGGGGCCGGCGAGGCCCAGGAGGGAGACCCCCGCUACAUGGCCCCCGAGCUGCUGCAGGGCUCCUAUGGAACAGCAGCUGAUGUUUUCAGUCUGGGUCUCACCAUCCUGGAAGUGGCGUGCAACAUGGAGCUGCCCCAUGGUGGCGAGGGCUGGCAGCAGCUGCGCCAGGGCUACCUGCCCCCUGAGUUCACUGCCGAUCUGUCCCCCGAACUCCGUUCUGUCCUUGUCAUGAUGCUGGAGCCUGACCCCCAGUUGCGGGCCACUGCUGAGGCCCUGCUGGCCCUGCCCAUGCUGAGGCCACCACGGCCCUGGAGAGUCCUGUGGUUCCUGGCUGCUGAGGCCCUGAGUCGUGGGUGGGCCCUGUGGCAGGCUCUGCUCGCCCUGCUGUGCUGGCUCUGGCAUGGGCUAGCCCACCCUGCCAGCUGGCUGCAGCCCCCAGGCCCGCCAGCCACCCCUCCCGGCUCACCGCCCUGCAGCCUGCUCCUGGACGGCAGCCUCUCCAGCAGCUGGGAUGAGGACAGUCUACGGGCCACGCUCUCCCCAGAGGCCACCCUGGCUCGGGCUACUGGCAGUACCUCCACUCCCCGGAGCAGAUACCCACCCAGGGAUGCCCUGGACCUCAGUGACAUCGACUCAGAGCCACCUCGGGGUUCCUUCCCCUCCUUUGAGCCUCGGAACCUCCUCAGCCUGUUUGAGGACUCACUAGACCCAACCUGGGCCUCGGGCCCCACAUAGCUGCUUUUA